AGAAUGAAAAAUACGUAUCUGGAAGUGCCUUGUAUCAAAUAAAAGAUGAUGAAGAAUCCUUUAGAGAAAUCAUCUACAAAGGAUUUACUAGAUCUUCAGAAACGUUAAUCGAUGAUUUUGAGAAAAAUUCUAUUGUACUCAUUAUUGGACAAUAUGUUUAUAAUGAAGAUAUAGAAUAUAAUUAUACAAAUAAUAUUAAUGAAUCCCAAACUUUAUCCUCGUCUAAUAAAAGAAAAGAGAAAACCUGUGAUGAAUUGAAUAACCAACUUGACCUUAUAGAAGAAAAGUACGCUAAAAUAGAUGCUUAA